UGUGAGGUUAUUGUAGUAAGCCCACGAUAAGCAAGGAAUAAAGUGAAGCAAGUAGCAUGGCGGAUGGUGGCUAUGGCGGCCAGAGCCGAAAUUGUUACAAUUGCGGCUUGUAUGGCCAUUUUGCACGAUGGUGCCCGUAUCCUCCACGCAACAACAGAUACGCAGUUUCUCCGAGAAACGGCGGUUAUGGAGCUGUGAGCUCGGGAGCUAAUGCGGUCCCGGUCAGGAAUGACGGUUUUGUGCAAGGAAGGCCGAUCCUCGCACCGCCCCAACCUCCACUUGCGAACGGACAACAGACACCUAGUCAGCACGGGCAGCGAUUUGAUUCCCCGCCUCCGCCUCCACUACUCCAAGCUCCACCAGCCGCGCCAAGUGCAUCCAGUGCUAUCGUUCCAUAUCAGCCUCCCGCGCAAAACGUUGUUAUUCCUUAUCAACAACCACGUGGCGGUUCUAAUGGGAAUGGGUUAUGGGCCUGGAACAAUAGGCCGCGUGACGGAGGUGGAGAAGGGGAGGGAUGGAUGAUAUUAAGAGAAAUUUGGAAUGAAAGGCGGGAGGAAAGGGAGAGAAGACGUGAAGAGGAGGAUCGAAGGGUGAGAGAAGAGCAAGCUAGACUGACUCGAGAGGAAGAGCAGAGAAGGUUGGAGCAAGAGGAAAAACGUGAGGCCGAUCGUGAAGCUCGUUUGGCGCGUAUCCUUCGUGAACAGAUGGAGGAAAUGGAGGCAAAGAAGAGGGAGGCGUCGACAGAUACUAGCAAGAAGAACUGGGAUAGAAUCAAUCCGCCGUCGAAAGAAGGGGAUAAGAACAAAUCCGGAGAAAGCACGGAUAACAAGAAACGUGAUCAAGGUACUAUGGCCGGUGGAUCUGUUAAUCCGCAGCAACAAGGAAGUGGUAGAUCGCGUGUAGAAAACGCAGCUGCCCCGUUGGACACGGGGCUCAUCAGAAUGGACAUCGAUUCGGUUAGGAAGGCGCAAGAGGUGCAAGCGGCAGUGUUCCAUCAGAUGCUGACAUGUCUCGAAGCCAUCGGACAGCAGGGUGUUGGUUUGGUUCCCACGACCGCGUCAAGAUCGCAGGAUCCAGCUGCGAAUCCCGGAGUCCCUCCUAGCACCAAUCCUCCCGCACCUCCUGCUUAUCAAACUGCUCCCCCUCCCCCUCCUUCUUAUCAAACCGCUCCCCCUCCUACUUAUCAAACUGCUCACCCCCCACCUCCUGCUCAAGCUCCCGCUCCUGCUCCUGCGCCACCCAAUCCUCUGGCUCCCCAACCACCUAUCCCUCCUCCUCCUCCUCCUCCACCCGUCUAGGUGCCUGUGACUCCGGCUCCAACAAGGGUUGUGCGGAGCGAACCUAGCCACAACGAGUCCGCCACUGAACCUGGUCCGUCGAGAGGCCGAUCUGGUCAGGAUGAUACACCAAUAGGGGGAGGCUUCUCUGCCAGGUUGGCUGGGAUGUUCGCCUCGGUCGCCGGCAAUAACACCAGGAGGUGUACCAGCGGCAUCUCCAUCAACGAGCCCUCCACUCAAGAUUUGGGAUUCGACCGCAUCAACCGAGGAAAAACGGCAGCGGUUGUCGGGCCUGGGAAGGAGGGGAGAAGGAAGUAUGUGGAGGAGUUGACUGAAGUCUUGUUCAACAAGUCCAAGCACAAGCUUGAAGAACUUUGCAAGAAGGACACGAUAAAAUAUGUGAACAAGA